AUGUGUAAUAAGAUACUUUUUGCACGGGGUGCAAAUGGACAGGGUCAGCUAGGUUUGCCAAGCGGUGUAGAUGUUUAUCAUUUGGCACAGGUGAUGCUAGAUGGGAUAUGUCCGAUGUUUCUUUCAGCUGGUGGCAAUCAUACAUUGAUGCUUGAUUCUACUGGCUGUUUGUUUGCAGCAGGCGAUAAUACGCUAGGGCAAUGCGGAAACAAUGUAGGAAAAUGGGAGGGUUUUGCACAGGUAGCACAGGGGCAAUGUUGGACAGCAAUUGCUGCUGGAUGGGAAUUUUCGGUAUUUGCAACAGAGAAUGCUGUAUGGACAAGUGGACAUGGUAAAUACGGAGAGCUUGGACUAGGAGAAGGCAUUUUUCAUGCAGUGAUGCAACGGAUUCCUGGAUUUCCUUCAAAGAAUAAGAAAAUUAGUCAGUUAUGUGCUGGUGUGUAUCAUGUUAUUUGUUUGCUGGAUAAUGGUGAAUGUUGGGGAUGGGGCGAUGCACGACACGGUGAGUUGGGGCCUGAUUUAUCUGGCUGCGUAUAUAUGCCAACAAAGAUGUGUGUGCCGAGUAAUGUACGGGCUGUGGCGUGUGGGCGUGGAUUUUCUGUAACAUUAUCAAUGACUUUGGAUGUUUGGGGGCGUUUGCGAGGUAUACCAUAUAGUUUAAAGUUAUCGGAAAUGAAGAUUGAAUUGAAUGACAUUUUAUCAUUAAAUGCAUCAUGGUCGGCUGUCUUUAUUUUGAUGAAAAGAGGCAAUGUGGUUAUGUUAGGACGUGAUGAUCUUGCUCAACGUUGUCCAGCUGAAAUGCCUCCGUUAAAAAUGCUUGCAGUAGGCAGUGAACAUUGUUUAGGUAUUGGAGUGGAUGGGAAGGUUUACGGUUGGGGAUGGAAUGAGCAUGGCAAUGUACGCGAAGAUAAAAAGGAUGUUCGAGAAGUGUAUCUGUUAGAGAUACCUAAGGGAAAUGUUAGAUUUGUUGCAGCAGGCUGUGGGACCAGUUGGAUUUAUAUUGAGACUUCUAAUAAAGCAGUUAAUGAAACUGAAAACACAAUUGCAAAUAUUAAACAUGUAUUUUGA